UCAUUUUAUUGCUACUUCUUCUCCUUCCCCUUGGCUGUACUCACAGAGCCUCGCGGAGUCAUGAGACCUGGAAACUACUUCAACAAUACUACUAAUAACGAUGUGGAGGAGGAGCCAAAAGUCUUGCGUGAUACCGUGCAGAUGGAGGUUGGACCAUCCCACCGGGAUCAAAUCAAACGAUCGGAGUAUCGUAAAUUCUUAAAAAUUCGGACUAUUGUUUUCGGUAUCUUGGCUCUUGUGUUCCUCAUUGUGGGAUUGCCUCUUGCCAUUUGUUUCAAAGAGGCUGCAGGUCGUGCUGUGUGGGCAAUUGGUCUCAUGUUACUAGUGCUGAGUGCCGUAUGCGCCCUCAUAUUCCUCAUCUACCUGCCCAUUUUCAUGCGCGUAAUGGCGACGCGAUCUGAUACUGCCGCCUACCAUCCACGGACAGCUGAGGCACUAAAAGAUUCACCGUACCCUCGUCAGAUGGAUGUAGCAUCGCCAUCACUGUCCAACCAACCGUCUUCGCGACCGCUGACUGCUACCAAUCCAAAUUACAACCCAGCCCUAGAUCCCCUACUUCAAAGUAGACCGCUUGCUUAUCUUAAUGCACCUUCCAUACCCCUUGAAUUUGCAGAAAACAAUGGCGAACUUUCCCUUUUCGCUUCUGAAGUUUCCCCCUCAAUUGCAAAUUCCGUCUCCACUGAAUCUAGUGAGGUCAGUAGCGGGCAAAAUGGUACUCCCUCCCCUUCCACUAGCAAUAUGGUUGCCAUUGAGUCCAACCCCUCAGAAAAUACGUUAGUUCUUCGUAGUAACGAAAUCACUCCGCCUCCUGGAGGAGUAGGAGAUGGCUCUUCAGGUAAUCCUCCAGGGUUGGGUGGAGGAAGUGGGGUUGGUGGUGUCAGUGCUGGCAGUUCUUCUGGUGGUGGUGAUGGUGGUAGCCGUGCUGGAGGCAACGAUCGUCAUAAUAACACCCCUCCUGCUCAACAUCCCUUUAUUUUUGAACCUCCUGCAAGGAAUAGUCAUGGAACGGAAGGUCGGGCUAUCAACCUGAAGGCUAAUCACUUUGAGAUAACCGUUACUGCCGACGACCUGGAGCACUAUGAUGUUGCCAUCAGUCCCGAGAAGUGUCCUCGUCGAGUUAAUCGGGAAAUUAUCGAGACAAUGGUCAAGUCAUCGCACUACGUUAACUACUUUCGAGAUCAAAAACCCGUCUUUGACGGUCGUCGCAAUAUGUACACCAGACAACCCCUCCCUAUUGGUAACGAAACCUUGGAACUGGAGGUUACCCUUCCCGGGGAGGGUCGAGAUCGCGUCUUCAAAGUCGCUAUUCGACAUCUCUCGAAAGUGUCUUUUCAGUCCCUUAGGGAUGCAUUAAGCGGAAAGUCCAAAAGAAUCCCAGCGGACGCUCUUAUCUCGCUUGACGUCAUCAUGAGACACCUGCCCAGCAUGAGUUACACCCCUGUAGGUCGAUCCUUUUUCCAAACUCCGGAACAUGGUUAUGAUAACCCUCUGGGUGGGGGACGUGAAGUAUGGUUCGGUUUUCAUCAGAGUGUCAGACCAUCACAGUGGAAAAUGAUGCUUAACAUCGACGUGUCUGCCACAGCGUUUUACAAAUCUCAAUCAGUUAUUGACUUCAUGUGCGAGGUCCUCGAUCUCACUGACAAGAAUGACCAACGUAGGCCACUUACAGACAGUCAAAGGGUUAAGUUUACCAAAGAAAUUAAGGGUCUAAAGGUUGAAAUAACCCACUGUGGUAGCAUGCGUCGAAAGUAUCGUGUGUGCAAUGUCACUCGGCGCUCCGCACAAUCACAAUCAUUCCCUUUGCAGCUGGAUAGUGGCGCGACAGUUGAGUCGACGGUUGCUAAAUAUUUCCAGGACCGUUACAAUAUCGCCCUGAACUAUCCCAAUUUGCCCUGUCUACAAGUCGGUCAGGAACAGAAACACACCUAUCUUCCGCUGGAGGUCUGCAACAUGGUUGCUGGGCAGCGUUGCAUCAAGAAGCUCACAGACAUGCAGACCUCCACGAUGAUCAAGGCUACGGCGCGAUCGGCACCCGAUCGAGAGAAGGAGAUAAAUAAUCUGGUGCGGCGAGCGAACUUCAGUGGGGAUCCGCACCUCAAGAUGUUUGGUAUCACCGUAUUUCCACGCAUGGUGGAUAUUCAAGGCCGAGUUAUUCCAGCACCCAAAAUCCAGUAUGGCGGGCGCACAAAGGCACAAGCUUCACCCCAGCUGGGUGUGUGGGACAUGCGCGGGAAACAGUUCUUCUCGGGUAUCGAGAUCAAAACCUGGGCUAUUGCCUGCUUUGCGCCAAAGAGAAUUGUAAGAGAGGAUGCUUUGCAGCAAUUUAUCAUACAAUUGCAGAAAAUCUCCAAUGAUGCUGGAAUGCCAAUCCAAAGUCCACCCUCCUUCUGCAAAUAUGCCACUGGACAAGACCAAGUGGAACCCAUGUUCCGUUUCCUAAAAAAUCAACAUGUUGGUCUCCAGCUUAUCGUCGUUGUCCUGCCUGGGAAGACACCGGUCUAUGCCGAAGUAAAACGGGUCGGUGACAUCAUGUUCGGCCUCGCCACCCAGUGUGUACAAUCCAAAAACGUGAACAAGACUUCGCCUCAGACCCUCUCCAACCUCUGCCUUAAAAUCAACGUCAAAUUGGGUGGCAUCAACUCCAUCCUAGUCCCUGGCGUGCGCCCCACAGUCUUCCGUGAACCUGUCAUAUUCUUUGGGGCUGAUGUGACACAUCCGCCUGCCGGAGAUAAGACGAAGCCGAGCAUCGCUGCUGUUGUGGCCAGCAUGGAUGCCCAUCCGAGCAGGUAUUCUGCGACAGUGCGAGUACAGUCCCAUCGUCAGGAGAUCAUUCAGGAUCUCUAUCCCAUGGUGCGAAGUCUGUUGCUGCAGUUUUAUCAGUCGACGAGGUUCAAACCUGCUAGAAUCAUCUACUACCGAGAUGGAGUUAGUGAGGGGCAGUUUUCAAAUAUUCACUCACAGACCUUUGGUUCCCUUGUGCAGGUGCUGAACCACGAGUUGCGUGCGAUCCGCGAGGCCUGUGUGAGGCUCGAGCUGGAAUACCAGCCUGGCAUCACUUUUGUUGUGGUACAGAAACGUCAUCACACUCGCCUCUUUUGCGCCGACAAAAAAGAUCAGAUGGGUCGUUCGGGCAACAUUCCCGCUGGUACAACGGUGGAUCACGUGAUCACGCAUCCUACGGAGUUCGAUUUCUACCUCUGUUCGCAUGCAGGCAUUCAGGGCACCUCGCGGCCUAGUCACUAUCAUGUUCUCUGGGAUGAUAACAACUUCUCGGCUGAUGACCUGCAGAACCUGACCUACCAAUUGUGCCACACCUACGUGCGCUGUACCCGUUCCGUGUCUAUUCCCGCUCCUGCCUACUACGCCCACCUGGUGGCUUUCCGCGCUCGCUACCACCUCGUGGAGAAGGAGAUUGACAGCGGUGAAGGCAGCCAAAAGUCCGGCAAUUCGGAUGAACGCACACCCACCGCCAUGAUGCGCGCUGUAACUGUGCAUCCGGAGACAUUGCGGGUCAUGUACUUUGCUUAG